AUGGCUUCCGUUGCAGUAGGCCUCGACCGAACCAGGCUCCUCAAGCCACUCAUCGUGCUGGCAGGAUGGACUUUCGUGCAGGAGGCCUGGAUGUACGCGACCCGGAUUCCUGCCAUGUCCAAGUACAACAUCAACCCCGACGAGAAGACGGUCAGCGGUGAUAUGAAGACCAAGAUCCCUAUCGAGGUCCGCCGCAUUGCCGACAACUACAACCACUUGCACGAGCAGCCGCAAGUCUUCUAUGCCGUUGCUAUUACUCUUGCUCUGCUUGGUGACAACCACGAGUACACCUACCUUGCUGCCUGGGGCUACACUGGGCUGAGAAUCGUACAUUCCGUGUUCCAGAGUCUGAUCAACAAGGUGCUUGUCAGGUUCUACAUCUUCGGCACCAGCUCCGUUGUGCUGGCAGGUCUCACUGGCCGUGCUGCGACACUGCUUUUCUGA